ACCGAGCUAACCAAACCUACCAAAAACAAAAUGCGUUCCCUCAUCCUGAUUGCCCUCUUCGCCCUGAUUGCAGUGGCUGCUGCCCAAGGGGGCCCACGAGGUGGACCACGAGGUGGACAACGAGGAGGACCUCGAGGUGGUCAGCAGGGAGGACCCCAGGGAGGUCCCCAGGGAGGCUGCCAGCAGGGUGGUCAGCAAGGAGGUCCUGGUGGCCCAUGGGGUCUGCCUCCUAAUGGAACUGUCUCCUCCAACAGCACAUCCUCAUCCACUGAGGCUAGCACCACUGAGGCCAGCUCCACUGAGUCCAGCUCCACGGCUUCCUCUGCUUAGAGUCCAUCUGGAUUAUAUAAAACUAUAUUUCACCUUUGGCUGUUCUCCUUUCUUUAAAAUAAUGAAAUAAAUG